UUCUGUGCCUCCUGCCCUCAAUAAUUCUGCUCCUCGUCGCCUGUUUUCUGCGUUUGCCCCAGGUGUGGGGCCUCGUAGGGGGGCUGUGUCGGGCGGCACUCCGUGUGCUUUGGCUAUGUGUUUGCUGGUGUCUGGAUCUGCCGCUGUCCCCCCCAGCCAGCAUGGUGCAUCCCAGCCCUCAGCUCCUAUACAAGCCUACGGCUCUGGCUUACUUCCUGCUCCAGCGCUGUGCCUCCCUGGCCUGGUCCUGCCCAGUUGGCUGGCCCUGGGACGACCCGCACCUCCAAACCCUCGCUGGUUUUGUGGGGGUCAGUGAUAAGGAGAUCCGCUUCGCCAGGGAUCACCUCCAGAUGGGGGAUGGGGGCGUGGUUGCACUGGACUGGGCAGUAUGGCUGGAAGGAGCCCCUCACCCACGUCUGAAGGUGGAGCUGACAGCCGGGCAGCGAGCCCUGGGGUGCUACUCCUCCUGCCCGCCUGUACUCGUGGUUGUGCCAAAUGCAUGGGGCCUUGUGACCCCCCACCUCCUGGGGCUAUGUGCCCAGGCACUCCGCCAGGGCUUCUACCCCGUGGUGUUCCAUUCCAGGGGCGUUGCGGGCUGCCCACUGGUCACUCCCAGGCUUCAGGAAUUCGGGGACCCCUCCGAUUUGAUCCAGGCCAUCUCCUACAUCCGCAGCCGCCACCCCAGCUCAACGCUCCUGGCCAUCAGCGAGGGCUCUGGUUCCGGUGUGCUCCUCUCCUACCUUGGAGAGUGUGGCUCCUCCUCCUACCUGACAGCAGCAGCCUGCCUGUCCCCCAUCCUCCAGGGAAGGCUGUGGUUCGAGACGGCCCUUCCUUCACUCUACCACUGGGGGGUGCUGCUGUACCGCAAACUUCAGCUGAGCAGGUACGAGAGCGCACUCAGUGCAGUGAUGGACGUGGACCAGGUGCUGGGCUCCUCCUCUCUGCGCCACAUGGAAGAGCUCAUGUUCUGUUCCGGAAAGGCUGGUGGCAGCAAAGGCGGGGAGGACUGGGAAGUGUACUGGGAUCGGAAUGAGCCCCUGCGUGAUGCAGAUGAGGUGGCAGUGCCUGUGCUCUGCCUGCGCAGCCACGACGACCCACUGCUGCCCCCUGUUGCAGCCCUGCCCACGGCCCUUUUCCGCAGCAGUCCGUACUUCCUGCUGGCUCUGACUGCUACCGGUGGCCAUUGUGGAUUUCAGCUGCCUGGGACUGAAGGUGGUAGUGACACCUGGUGGAGCCAUGAGAUGGUACUGGAUUAUUUUGCCAUAGUGGCGGAGUUCCUAGGGGCAGAGGAGACAUGUGGGAUGCCAACGGGAACCAGCCCAGGUCUUCGGCACAGGACCAACACCAUGGUGAACCGUAGACCACGAGCCUCCCAGCUGAGGUGGGACAACACCCCCAAUUGGCCUCAUGCACAGACACCUACAGGGGGUGCCAGAAGGAUGGGGGAUCAGAUCGGCUCUGCAGAGAAGCGGGACCUGUUCACUUGGCACAGAUCUUACACCCGUUGA